AUGUGGACACGCAAUUCCAGCAGCACAAGAGAGGAGGUUCAAGUGGGGGAUGUGUUGGGGCGGCCAGUGGAGGACAUUCGGCGGAGGUGGCUUCUGCUGAAGAAGGAGAUUGGUAGGGGGCAGUAUGGUGUGAUACUGAGAUGCGUGCACCACAGCACCGGAGAGAUCGCUGCCUACAAGAGCAUUCGGAAGGCUGCCAUUCAGAGUGAUGCUGGCGUGGAGGCGGUGCGGUAUGAGGUGGCAUUUAUGGAGGAGCUUAAGGGUCAUCCCAACAUCAUUCGGAUCAAGCAGGCCGUGGAGACGCACAGGCACGUCCACGUGGUGAUGGAGAUCUGUGAGGGGGGAGACCUGUUUGACCGCAUUGACUCGUCGAGAAGGCUCUCGGAACCUUCUGCAGCGCACAUCUUCCGAUCGCUCAUGCUGGCCUUGCAGCACUGCAACUCGCAUGGCAUCAUGCACCGCGACAUCAAACCUAAAAACAUCCUACUAUAA